AUGUUCAAGCUGCAGUGCGGCGCGCGGCCGGUGGUGUGGAUGGGGGACCCGAGCUUCUCGUCGUGUAAUGCGGCCGCGGCGCCGGGCGGGCCGGUUACGCUGCCCGCCUACCUAUUCGCGGGCCCUGACGGCGGGAAAAACUUCUGCGGCGCGCCCGCUGGCGUCCCGGCGAGCCAGAGUUUCAGUAUACGCACCCCCUCAGCCGCAGCGGCUGGCGCGGCAGCCGCGCCCGCGGCGGCGCGGACGCCGCCCGGCCGCCUAGAGCUGUCGCCCGAAGAAGCCGCCGAGCGCCUGGCGGCGCCGCUGUCGACCGAGGAAGCUUCCCUCGUCGACUCCCUGCUGGCUAGGAGCGCUGCUGACCUGGCGGUGGAGGCGCGGCGGCUGCGGGACCGGGGGUAUCCCCGGAUUAUGACCUUCUCACCAAAGGGAUGCAUUUUCGAGGUCAUAUUUGCAGAGGAGUCGGCCGACCAUCAAAACAUGUGCGCCUGGGCAGCGCGGCGCGGGGCGCGGCGCGGGGCCUGCCGCGCGCUCAAACGCCCGCGGGCGGCGCGGACCCGGGCCCAGGUGUUCAUCCCCCUGACGCGCCUCUGCCGCGACGCCUGCGGCUACUGCACGUUCGCCCGCCCCCCCGUCCCCGGCCGCCGCGCCUACAUGACGCUCGAUGAGGUCAUCGCGGUCGCGCGGCUGGGGGCGGCGCAGGGCUGCUGCGAGGCCCUCUUCACCCUGGGUAGGUGCGGCGGCGGUUACUGA